UGUCGUUCUUUAAGACGCUCGUAUCGAAAUCGGUAAAUAUUAACUGAGUAACUGAUUCAGACGAUUCAGUCUCAGUGUAAUACAGACUGUGUGUACUGUGUAGUGUAUACGUCCAAUGUUUUAAAGUAUUUGACUACAUCCACUCUUCAUUAUUCAAUAUCUAUUCUUUUCUAUGUGUACGUUUUGUCAUUCUAUCCAUUGUGGACUCCAGUUUCUAUACUUUUGAGUAUUGUGAUCACUAAAAUGGAGUUCAACACCGCUUAUGAUAUAAAUAUAAUUAGUCAAAUUAACGAAGUCCGUGGAUUAUUUGUUGUUGUUGAACAAUUUAAUAGCGGUUCAACAGGAUAUUUUCAAAACUAUUAUAAACGACUUUUAGAUUUUAACGAUUGUAGUGAAUGGUUUGAAAAAUUUGACUAUCCUAUUAUUGAAACUGGAAAGGUAGUAAUUGUUCAAAUUGAUAAAAAGCCCAUAAGUAAUCUUUGGGCACGUGGUAUUGUAUCAAAAUGCCAUCACAAUAAUAGAUGUCCUGAAAUUUAUUUAAUUGACUUUCAGAGAUUCACUGACUCAAGCAGCAUGUUAGAAUUCAGAACAUGUCCACCUAAAUUUUUGCAGCUUUUACUUCCGACCUAUUAUAUUGAUAUAGAUCUUCGUUUAGAUGAUGAUGAUUUAAAAACUGCAAUUGCUAUCUUAAUAAAGAAAAAUCAAUAUGGUGAAUUAAGUUUCAGUUUUAUUCCUGAAUCUUUUGAAAAUAAUAUUUACUCGGGCAAAUUAAUCGUAAACCAUAAAGUUAAUAAUUUGCAAAUACCAUUGAAAAAGUUAUUAAAAAAUUUCAGAACAAAAAAAAUUUUUGAAGAUAUUCCCCAGUACAAAGAGCGUCAAUAUUCAAUUUUCAAUCCAAUAGAAUUAAAUUAUUUGAAAAAUAUUUUUAUGCCAAGGGAACCGAAUAAUAUGUUAUUUUUAGAAAAUGAUUUAGUUUCAAGUUGCUGUGAUUUAAGUGCUCUUAAUGAUUCAAGUACAAAUCUGUCAUAUAAUUCUGCCAAUGAAUUUUCCUCAACAUCUAAUUACUCUGAAAGUAUCUGCUUUAGCGAUGACUCAGAAUUAAAAAUUCAUAAAUUAAAAAAUGGUUGUAUUACUCCAAUAGAAAAACAAAAAGUUUACUCUUCUAAUAAUUCAUUGAUGAGUAAGAACAGCUCUUCCUUACAAUCAUUAACUUCUAAUAAUAAUAAUUGCUCUAUACCAGAAAUAAAACAAUGUAGCAAUUUUAUUAUUACGAGAAUGUCUGAAUUAACAGUCACUGGAUGUGAGCAGAAUAACAAGUCAACUUUAACUGAUCAAGUAUUAGAAACACCUAAAAUACAAUCAAAAUCACUAAACAACGAAAAAGCGGUGAAUACCACAAUGGAAAAUUCAGAUAUAUGGUGGUCUGAUGAUGAUGAAAGUUAAAAUAAGUUAAUAACUCAUUGAUUUUACUCUAUAAAUAAUGACAAUUUUUGUUUUAACUAUUUUAUUCAAGUAUUUUAAUACUUUUUAAAAACAUAAAUAAUUAUAAGAAAGCAUUUUUGUAAUUUUCAAUACAAAAAGUACCUUAUAAUUGAUAAUAUUUUUUUAAAAUUAAUUUGUAAAUAAUAUGUUGAUUUUAUUUGUAAAUAAUUUGUAUAUAUUUUAUUAUCUAUACAGAAUAUUUAUAUAUUUAUUUAUUUCUAUAUAGAAAGCCAUGUUCAUGUGUGUAAAGUAAUCUACAGCCUAUUGUACUCAUGAUUUUGAAAUUGUGUACAUAGUAAAUAUUUUAUCUGUGGAUGUGUACCUUAAAGCUAUUUUUUUUUAAAUUUGCAUAUUAAAGAGGUGUUAAUACACAUUUAUUAAUUCAUAAAAAAUUAUCAUUUUUUUUUUUAUGUAUGUACUGUUCUGUUGAUAACAAAAAUAAAAAAAUUAUUACAAUUA